AUGACAGAAGUUCAACAGCUACAAAAAAAACAAAGCCGGAAAGAAUUUAGACAAACGCAUCCACGAAGAUCACACAAUCAUGGAACGCAAGAAACAUACAAGACUCAGGUGAGCAUGGAAAAGUCUUCUCAGGAGAAUCCAGAAGAAACAUCUACAAAUCCUUUGUCUCUAGAAUCGGCAAUGUUAAAAACACGAUAUCACCGACAGCUUCUCUCAUGCAAAGAGUUAUUUCCAGACUGGACGGAAGAUGAUAUUCUCUAUGCAAUUCAAGAAGCUUCAGGUGAUUUUGAGCUGGCGGUAACACGGAUAUCAGAAGGACGUGCAGACAAAUGGGGAGAAGUAAAAAAAAGGACAAAGGACAAAGGGAAAAAACAGGACGCUUUGCAUUCUUCAACAUCAUUAGUAGGGGGUGGGAAAAACUUCCGUGACAAGAUCCGGGAUCCUAAAAAUGUUAAAAAUAAAGAAAACUUUCCAAAAAGUGGGGGAGGGCGCUCUAAUGGUAUUUCAAAACGAAAUCACCAAACUCUAUCGGAUUCCUCACUUGUAGUGUGGGAUACUGUCAAAAAUGCAGAAAGCCGUACAGUUUCUAUAGAUACUACUGGAACGGCUUCUAAUAUAAAAUCAUCAUGGACUUCAUAUCAGCAAUCAAGAGAUUCUUUAGAACAAUGCUUAGAUGUAAAAAAAGAUAUAAACAAAACAAUUGAAUAUGAUAUAAAAGAAACAGAAAAUUCAAUCUGGGAAGAUUUCAAUCCUAUUAAUCAGGAUUCUGGAUCAAUAAGUGCCUGGAGCGAUGCAGCAACUAAAGCGUCUUCCGUGACAGCAGGAUGGGGUGAAUCUGGAUCAUUUUAUAUGUCCAAUGCAGAAUCUCAGAAUUCAUCAUCAUCAAAACUACGAACGAAAGUUAUUUCUCCAGGAAUGAAUCCCUCAUGGGCAUCUUUAUUAAAACAAGAAUCAAUACCAGAUAUGCAGGAACAACAAUUAUCACCCAUUUCGAGGACAUCAUUUAGAUCGGAUGAAAAUUUUACUAAUACGUUUACUAUUUCUAAAUUAACGGAAAAAAAAGAUCACGAAAUUAUAAAUGGACUUAACCAUGUACCUAUUGUUUCUAAAACACCCUUAACAGCAUUGAAUCUAGAAUCAAUAAAUAAGGAGAAUAUAGAGCAUGUUGUAUCUUUAAAAAAACCUAAGAAUUCUAUAAAUAUUGCGAACCAAUCAUUAAAUAAUACAGCAAGAUUUCAUGAAUUUAAUAAAUCUCAUUCUUCUAAAAGCACUUAUCAUAGACAUUUAAGCCAAGAUGCUCCCGUAGUGAUGCCAAAUUUAACUAAUAUUUCUGAAAGAGUAGAAGUUCAAUUUGGAAGUUUAAAUAUUUCAGAUCAAGAAAAUGGCCUGUUUUUAAAUAGAGAAAAGUCGAAACCGGAGUUAAAUUCAGUAUCGCAAGGUAUUUCUAUGAAUCUUCAUUCCCCAAUAGGUCCAGCUUUACAGCCGCCUCAAUCUAUAGGAAAUUCUGAAUCUACGGAUUUACAAAAAACUCAGAAAAUAUAUCCGGAAUCUUCAAAUACAACCCAACAACCACACCUGUUGCCAAAUCGUACUACAAUGUUCCCUUCAAAUUUAAAUAAAACUAAUCAGCAAUUAUCUGAGCAAAAACAAGUUCAAUUCCAACCAUUUGAUCAAGAUUCAUAUAAUAAUUACACAAAUCACCCUAUUCGGGAUCACGUUCCCAAUUUUGGAAAUUUUUCUCUUCCUAAUGAAUAUCAAAGAUUUUAUGGAUCAGAAGAUUCAAGACCACAUUUUACACAAGGCUAUUAUGAUCCAUCAGCAUUUUCUUGUGGACAACCAUCAAACACUUCGAUCCAUAGAGAUGCAUCUAAUAUAAAUAAUGAAUAUAUACAAACUUCUAGAUUUGAUCCAAAUGCAUUAGAAGGAUCAUCAAUUCCUUCUCAACAGGUAGCUUCUGGUCCAAUUGUGCAUAAACAAGUGCCAAUGGGCCCCAAUACUCUUUCUCAAUCUCAUUCCUCUACACAAGGUCAUUUUCAUCAAGCACAAACCUAUCCAAUCCAUCCUUACUAUAAUCCUUAUACUGCUUAUUAUGUAAAUCAGUAUGGUUAUGGAAAUUAUCCCUAUACAAAACAAAAUAUUUACAAUCAUCUUCAGCAAGACUAUUCUAGAUCUUAUAACGAAAAUUCGUUUACUAAUUCUGAUACUACUAAAAAGUUUAAUGGACAUCGUAGGGAUUUAUCUCAAUCAACAAAUCAGGGAAACCCUCAAGAUUAUCCUGCAUCUAAAUCACAGAAUUCUAAUACAAGUCAGCAACAACAAUGGUCUCAACAAAAAAAUAUUUCCAAUAAUUCACUUGACUAUACCGGCGAAAAAUUAAAUACAACCACACAUCAGUCAAAUUAUAUCCAACAUAUGCAAAAGUUCCACCAGCAAAAUCCUGUUCGGCCUAUUUAUCCAGGAUCUUCUCAUACCUUUCCUCCUUAUUUGCAGCAGCCAUUGCAUCCUCAAGCUUCAUCAACACAAUCUUCAUCCACUCAAGCUCAACCAUCGCCUUAUUCCAUGCAUCCACAUGCCAUUGGAUUUCAUGGACCCUAUCAACCCAUGUUGAAUCGCCAAGAUCAUCCCAAUCUCAACUGGACUAAUUAUACCUCUCAUUAA